GGCGGCAAUCAUCCUACAUUAGUUAAGGUUUGUUAUAAAAAUGCUUCAACGCUCUUCAACAAAUAAAUCGUAGCACUAUGUAGUGUUUUCGAGUAUGGCAUCAGUUUUCAGUCUUCCUGAACCGCUCCAGAAGUUUCUCAGCAAGUUCCCCCUGCACACUUACCCGCCAAUUCCGGCCACCUCAAGACGUCCUUUGCAAAAGCCUACGCUAUGGAUUGCACCUCCUCGAACGACGGCAGUCGACCAAACCUCUAACUCCGAUAUUUUAAGCACAGACGUCGAGUGUCUGAAAUGGCAGGCAUAUAUCGCUUUGCGUGGGGUCACUGACAUCGCUGCACGGUGGGACAUCUCUCCAGAAGGUGGAAUCGAUGGUCGUUUGCCUUGUCUACAUACUCCUUCGUUUGGAGAUGCUAGCAGUGAGCUGUUAGCACCACGCUCUAUUCCUGGUUGGGUGGAUGGACGAGUUGGCGGUGGGAACGAUUCUCUCAAUGGUUACAGUGAUGAAACACUCAAAGACGAGAGCCACGCAUGGGUCUCCUUGCUCGAGGGAAUAGUACAUACUGCUUUGACUCUAUCAGAACCUCCACAACCUGCUCUCUCUCAACUCUUCCGGACAGCCUCCGCUGGAGGGAGGGCCUUAGCAGCCACUUUCAGCCCACCACCUGCUCCUCUGACUGGCUUGAGCUCAGUACUACCAUCGUAUGGAACAAACAUUACACUCUCAUCCAUUCAAGGACAGUAUGCGGAGGCCAUCGCUUCACUCUCGGAACGGCUUGGAACUGACAAAUGGUUCCUUGGCUCAGAAAAUCCCACUGCCUUGGAUGCACUUGCAUUCGCGUACCUACACUGUCUUUUGUAUAGCAUGGACAGCACGAGAAUCGAGGUCACUCGACGCGUGAACCUUGUUGCCUGGGAACAGAGAGUACGGACACAAGUAGAGGCAGCGUUCACUGUGGCCUAGUGAUCUGAUUCAUGGAUUCAGGCAUAUAAAAUCCGUUACUACUGGCAUUCAACCUCCAGAACAAAAAUAUAUCUAAAUGAUAGUUAUAUCUUGGUCUUUCCGUUGACGACCUUGUGACCAUUGGGUUUUCCUUGAAACCUUUUCGCAAGCGCAGCUAUCAUCUUGGUGAAC